AUGGAUUCUACUGAUAUUAUGAGAGAAGAUUCAGCUUCUACUCCUACCACCACCACUACUACUACUACUACUACCACAAAUACAUUGGAUAUUGAUCCUGCCACUUUUAAAUCUACUUUGCCUCCAAGAAAAAGAGCAAAGACUCAAGAAGAAAAGGAACAAAGAAAAAUUGAAAGAAUCUUGAGAAAUAGAAGAGCAGCUCAUGCCUCUAGAGAAAAGAAAAGAAAACAUGUUGAAUAUUUAGAAAACUAUGUUUUGAAAUUAGAAGAGAACUUGAAAAAGUUGAAUAACAACUACAAUUCUGUUUUUGAUCUAUUAUCCAACGAUCAAAAGUCUUUAGUCACACCAAAAUUUGAAUCAUUAGAAGAUGUCACUGAUUUGAAAGAAAAGAUUCAUGCUAACUUGAAUGGUUCUAGGAAAUCAAACAAGAAGCUGAAAGAUUUAGACGAUGAAGAGGAUUUAGACGACGAACAACAACAACAACAACCACAAGAAGAAGAAGAAGAACAACAACCACAACCAGUUUCUAAAAAGAGAAAACUCGAGUCUACAAUCAAUACUCCUCCUCCAUCAUUGUCCUCAUUGUCUCCCAUGACAACCACCACUACAAAUACCUCCCCUUCUUCUCCUGAAAUCACAUUAAAAAAAGAAAACAUACAUGAUGAUAUCAUGUACAUUACCAAACACGAACAUCCACAACAACAACAACCACUAGAUGAUGUCUAUAAUUUAAAGACAGAAAUAGAGGAUACCUUCUGGAAUUACCCAUCCCCAAUAUCAUUUCAUGAUUCCCCACUACAAUUAGAUAUGGAAUCUUCUUCCACUUGUCCAACCACAAACCAUUCUAUAGCUGAUUUAGCAGCAAUCAGUCUAGCCAGCAGAGCCAAUAGAAUCGUUUCAGUUGGACUUUGA